UCCAGCUCAAAUGUGGAUGUGAAGACUAGGAAGAAGGAAGAAGUCUGUCAGUCCAUGUUAAUGAGCGUUGAACUGCAGCUCGGUCUUAAAUUGAGAUAAACUGUUCUAGUAAUGCUGGGACCGGACUGUUUGUGGUGAGUUCACGGACACUCUCUGGCAGCGGAAACAUGACUGUGCUGCCUUUACAGUCCGUGCUGUUAUGUCUCCUGCUUGUUGUGACACAUCAUGUGACCGAGGCUGCGCUGACACGGACGGCACUGGGGGAAGACGAGGGGAUCCGGGGUUCAUAUGAUGACACGAGCAUCUUCGGACCUAACCUGCCGUCCUCCGCAGGGCCAGAGCCGGGUGACCUCGCUGCCGGCUUUAAGGUCCCGACUCUGGACGGGGAGUUCGUGUACCAGCCCGGCGCCCUGAGGGGACCCCUGGUCAUUCACGCCUUCACUAACAAGUCCGGGUUUCUGGAGUGUCUGUGGAGCUCCGAAUCGUCCCUGAGCAGCCUGGUGGAGGAUCUACCGGACAGCACUCAGGUGCUCUUCGUGUCGCUGGACGACUCCGCGGUCAGCGAUGCUCUCUGGAUGCGGGAGCAGCUUCAGCGGGCCGCCAUGCACAGAAAGAAGGAGGUUCUGUCCAGACUGCACUUCUCUCCGGUGCCGGUCUUCGCUCUGGGUAACUGGAUCCCCAGUGUGCUUUACUACUGGAGCUGCAUGGGUCAUAACUGUGGUCUUUCCCAGGCUGUUUUCACUUGUGAGGGGUGGAACAUGCCUGUGAUUAUCAAGAGAUUAGAUGCCAGGUACGACUGGCUCAUGGUGCGCUGGAGUCUGAAGUCCUAUCCGUUGAUUGAUGCAGGAGACGGGUGUGAACCCUCCCCAUCGGUGGCAGGUGCUGUGGCCUGGGUGUCUGAGGGCAGCUGCUCUUUCUUCACCAAGGUUCAGAGCAUGGCCAGAUCCAAUGCCUCUGGUGUCCUCGUCUAUUCCCUCGCUGGUAACCCAAUCCAGGAUAUGAACUGUGUGGGAGAUGAAUGCUACUCGCCGCUGGGCAUCCCGGCUGCCAUGGUGCAUCACGAGCCUUCGGUUGCUCAGGCGCUCAGGUUUGGGCAGCAGGUGAACGUGUCCUUCCAGACCACCCCAUCCCCAAACUACUUCAUCAGUAUUGAUCAGCAGGGGGCACUGGCUGAGAUGGGCUGGUUCCUCUACCCCACGUUCAGCUUCAUCAACUGGCAGGCCCAGUGGUUUGAUUUCUCUACAGAUCUGCAGAACAAACUCCAAAGCCCUGCAAAAGUUUUUCCUGUUUUUGAUAAAGUCCAAAUGCAGGGGGACAAAGGAGCGGUGGCCACAAUCGACUUGCCUUACGGCUCAUUCGACUUUGACACGCUGGAGCUCGAUGCGUCGCUGUCGUGUCCCGGCAGGAGAGACUCGUCCUGUGCUCAGUGGGAUCACACAGUGCAGCUGUUUGUCUGCUGCGAUCCCCUCGGUCCGUACUGCAACGUGGAGCUGGGCCGAUGGAUCACCGCCUUCCGUAGAGGUAUCGGGCGCUGGCUGACAGAUGUGUCCCCUCUGAUCCCGCUGCUGGACAGCAAUAGAUGCACCUUCACCAUGAAGACGGUGCCGUGGGCGAUGCCUUGGAUCGUCUCCCUCAACCUGAGAUUCAGUGUCACCAAUCAGACAGCUAACUAUGUGGAGAAGCUUCGUCCCUUCAUGGUGACGUCACUGUACAAGGGGGGAACCUUUGACAAAAAUUACAACAAGAGGUACCAGCCAAUCAAAUUCCCCGUCCCGGCAUCAACAAAGAAGGUGGAGCUUCUUGCCGUCAUCACAGGACACGGCAGCGAUGAGAACGGCUGUGGAGAAUUCUGCAUCACCUCCCACCACUUCUUGAUCAACGCCGUUUAUAACAACAGCCGCAUAUUUGAUUCUGCAGGAACAGCUUUGGGCUGUGCGAUGCGGGUCAAAGAGGGCGCCGUACCAAAUGAACACGGCACAUGGCUGUAUGGACGAGGAGGCUGGUGUGAUGGACUACAGGUCAACCCCUGGAGGAUCGACAUCACCAAACAGCUGAACAUGAGCGGGUCUGAAUCCAACACUGUCGUCUAUUUUGGUUUGUUCGGGGGACGGGACCCUAAUCCAGCUCAGCAGCCGGGUUACAUCAUCAUGUCCUCUUUUCUUGUCUUCUACAAGUGAUGCCACUCAAUGCUGAUCUGAAUCAAUCAAUGAAUUAAUGAAUGUUUUACUGAAUGUACAAUCAAUUCAAAGAUUACAUUUCUAUUUUCUCACUGCCUUUUUACCGUUUCUUUCAUUUUUGCCGCUUGUAAAUAAUAAAACAGCACUGACAUUA